AGUCAGACACCCAAAACAAAGAAACAAUAAUGCACUGGCUGUCCUGCUGGAUUAAACAAUUCCAUAUGAAGCAAGGGGAUCAGCAGCUAGCCUAGCCAGGUUCUUCUUCCUCCUCCUCUUUAUAUAUCAUGCCAGGACAGAAGCAAGAACAAGCUGAAGCUGCCACCAAUCCCAGCCCCGGUCUCUUCGCCAUCCAUCCUACCCUCUUCUUCCUGUUCUCGUCGCUCGACUCCAACUUCCAAUUCCCUCCAACCGCAGCGAAAAGGCCGAGGAUGGACGAGGGCGAGGAGGGCCAGCAGAAGCUGUCGGCCAUGGGUCACGUCAAGAAGCGCCACGAGGAGAAGGGCCUCCUCUAUGCCUGCUUCUUCAUGCUGUGCUGCUGCUUCUGCUGCUACGAGGCCUGCGAGCACUGCCUCGAGUGCUUCUGCUGCUGCGGCAACAAGGACGAGUGACCCAAGUCCAGAACCUGCUUGUAUUUAUCCAAAAUAUAUAAAACUUAGCUAGUGUGGUCGAUUCUUCUGUUUCAUUUGAAGCAGCUGUACUUGUGGAUUUGCGAAUUGUAUAUUUACAGUUUGAUUGCCGAUCGAUUUGCCAUGUCAUAGGCGCAACCAGUACAUCUGCUCUUCCUCUUGCUUGCAGUUAGCUGAUGCUCGAUCUGCAUCUGCAAGAACGGACAGCAUGGGGAUGUCGAGUGAGACAACUGUCUGUAGGAUUCAGUAGAUGGGGUCAGAUGUUCCUGUUAUCGAAUAAUAAGAUCUUGGCCUCUUGCGUUUGCGUA